CUUUGAUAUCGUCCACAAUUUUUGUUUAUCUGCAUAACACAUAACAAAGUAAAGUCCUAUGUAGGAGGGGCUUUUUUGACUUAUUUUUUAAGAAUCUCCGUCAUCAUUGUGUGCAGUGCAUUUAACAAAGCGAAUAUUCAUGAUAAAGUACUUGAAGUCAGCGUUAUUUUCGGUAUAGCUUUGUCUUCUACGUAAAGGUAGAUCGUUCAUUUGAACCUUUGAAGUUUGACUAUUCUGCUCUGUACUACAUUUGUAUCUGUAUUUUAAAGCUUAAUCUCGGUAUCUAUCCAAUUUAAAGUGUAGUGAAAAGUCGUAACUCAUAUCUCAAGUUUAUUGAUUAAGUUAAAAGCUUUUAUAUCAAAUCAAAUAAAUGCUUUUUAUUUCCUUAGUGCAUUUCAAUGAGUUGGCAUCAGCCUGGUCUUGAUAUUAGUGCUGCUCCUUUACACCAACUUACACCUCAUAACCUCUUAUCAAAUGAAUAUCUUUCUGGAUUUGAUCAAAGUUCUGGUGGUAUUGAUUCGGAAAACGCACUUUUGACAGAACAGCGUGCACAGUUAACAGGAAGAGAACUUCAACAACUUCUUAGUGUUGCUCAUCAAAGCUUAGACGAAGCUCAAGAAAGAAAACAGUCACUAAACAGUCAUAGGUUAAAGCCUGCUCUCUACAGUGUGUUUUGUGAAAUCAAGGAAAAGACAGCCCUAAGUUUGAGGAACUCAGCUGUCUCUGCCGUAGAAGAUGAAGCUAAUUCACCAGACCCACAGCUUUUACGCCUGGAUAAAAUGUUAGUUGCUGAAGGUGUAACAGGACCUGGUGGUAGUCUGAAUAAUGAUCUAAGUGACGGUCCUGGAGAUUUGGUCGGUGGACCCGGUAUCGGUUUAGGACCUGGCGGUGGGCCUGGUGAUUGUAAUCAAAUUGAACAUGCUGAUUAUCGCGCCAAAUUGUCCCAGAUUCGUCAGAUAUAUCAUGCAGAACUGGAAAAAUAUAAAAACGCAUGUGAUGAAUUUACUGGACAUGUCAUCAAUUUAUUACGUGAACAAAGUCGCAGUCGCCCUAUAAGCCCAGCAGAAAUCGAACUUAUGGUUGGCAUAAUUCGACGGAAAUUUCGAGCUAUUGAAACGCAGCUGAAACAAAGUACUUGUGAGGCAGUUAUGAUAUUACGAUCUCGGUUUUUGGAUGCUAGACGUAAACGUCGAAAUUUCAGUAAAGAAGCUACUGAAGUACUGAAUGAAUAUUUCUAUUCUCAUUUGGCUAAUCCAUAUCCUUCAGAAGAAGCGAAAGAAGAAUUAGCCAAAAAAUGUGGGAUAACUGUUUCACAAGUCUCUAAUUGGUUUGGAAACAAACGUAUUCGGUAUAAGAAGAACAUUGUAAAAGCUCAAGAAGAAGCAAAUAUGUACGCUGCGGCGACAGCCGCAGCAGCUGCUGCCGCUGGAUCUGUUGCAUCUGGGACUGGUGGUCCGACAUCAUCUGAUGAACAUUCUGUUGGAUAUGGUCAUCCUGGCUAUGAAUAUGAUGAUUCUAUGGGCCUUCAAAGACCUAUUCCUCAAAUGUCCUGUCCACCUGAUCAUGACACUUGGAUGGGUGGAGGAACUGGAGUUCUUGGGCCGGGUAGUUUGGAUGAACCUGACUGCAAACGCAGUAAACUCUGAGUAUGUUUACCUGUAUGAGACAAGCUGUUCAAAUAACUCCAUUCGCUAUAUUUCACAGCUGAUGAAUUCAACUUGAAUAAACUUAUUUAAUAAGUAUAUAUAUAUAUAUAUAUAUGCUGCAUCUGUUGGUUCAUGUUACAUAUUUUGUUAGUUGUGUAUUCAUUUAAAACGUGUACUCUGUAGAGGAAAUAAUACUGAUGUUUAUGCAAUUAACCCAUGCAUACAUAUAAGCAGCUAUGUGUAUUGUUAUAGGUUGAAUGUUUCGGCUUUUUCUUGCCUUUUAUUCUAUUCCUUUUUUCUUGUAUUUUAUUCUUUCAUAUAUUUAUUUAAUAAUGUUCGUAAUUUCUCAAUGGUUAAUGCCUUUACCACUAUCAUGGUUCUUUUUUUACGAUAUAAAUAUUAAACCAAUUGUAUUCCCUUUUGUCUUCAUAAUGAUUUGAACGAAUUCGGUUUUUUUGUUAAUCAUAUUACUUCACCAUUUUAAACAGUAAAACCAUAAUAAGACUGUCAAUCUUAAUUGAUGUUGUCUUUGUCGUUGUUUCUUUUUGAUCACCCAUCUUUUACACACCAUCCCUAUCUCUCCGGUGAGAGAGUGUGUGAAAGUAUAUCAAAUUUCUUUCUGUUUCCACUUUCCCAUUACUUGCCUUUGGUGUUUUGUCGUUUAAAUGGUUGAUUUCUUGUUUUUAGGAUUUUACUUCAUUUAUCUAUUAACUUUUCUAUUCGCUCACCUUCUUUUUUACUUCAUUUUUAUCAUUCUGUAAAGUAUGGAUAUGUAUGUUUCAGGAUUGUAUCGUAAGGUGGGUUUUCUCUUUUAUUUUAUUUCAUCUCAAUAAAGCGAGUUACUUUCCUAGUUUUGUGAAUAUUUAAAGUAGUGAUUGACACACUUUAUGUUUGAAUUCCGCCUUAUCUACUGUGGUGUAUG